AUGGUAAAACCACUGUGUUUUCCUCCUAAUGUAUUUGAACCGAUCUUGUUGAUCGCGAUGCCUUCACGCCUACAAGUUCACCUCGCAACUAACCUACAGUGCAUCACUUCACAGCUAGUGACCGGGUACAUCAUUGCUUCCCCAAAUGGUGCGGGGUAUAAGUUUUCAUAUUUGAGGUUGGACUAUUGUUCUGGAAACACUCAUUUUGAUAUUGCAAGCGUUCGUUCCGGCUCUACUAUAUUGUUAGGACACGCCGACUCUUCGAGAUUCUGUAUUCUUGAGUUCCCUCAUCAUAAUAAUGAAAUUCAGUCUAUCGACACCAGAGCUUCACCCUCUCCUCGUAUGCAUGCUUGUGGUGAUAAGAUGCGCAAGUUGUUCACAUAUCACAUCCUCCUGUAA